AUGGAGGCAAAACAUAUCACACACCAGAAGGUUCACCAUGGAAAGCAGUCCUAUCGCUGUUCUGAAUGUGAUAAAGCUUUUACAGUGAAGGGAAAGCUUAUCAAACACCAAAUGUUUCACACCGGAGAGAAGCCGUAUCAGUGUCCCGAAUGUGACAAAGUUUUUCUAGCCAAGAAAGGGCUCAUCACACACCAAAAGGUUCACACUGGAGAGAAGCCAUAUCAGUGUUCCGAAUGUGAUAAAGCUUUUACAACAAAGUCAAAUCUUAUCGUACACGAGAGGCUUCACACCGGAGAGAAGCCAUAUCAAUGUUCUGAAUGUGACAAAGCUUUUACACAGAAGUCGCAUCUGAUCAAUCACCAGAUGUUUCACACCGGAGAGAAGCCAAAUCAGUGUUCUGAAUGUGACAAAGCUUUCAAAUGGAAGUCGGAGCUUUUCGCACACCAGAGGAUUCACGUUGGAGAGAGGCCAUAUCCGUGCUCUGAAUGUGACAAAGCUUUUACACAGAGGUCACAUCUUAUCAAACACCAGAGGAUUCACGUUGGAGAGAAGCCGUAUCAAUGUACAGAAUGUGGCAAAGAUUUUACACAUAAGGAAAACUUUAUCAGUCACCAGAUGAUUCACACUGGAGAGAAGCCGCAUCAAAAAGCUUUUGCAGAGAAGGCAAAGCUUAUCAGACACCAGGUGGUUCACACCGGAGAGAAGCCGUAUCAAUGUUCAGAAUGCGGCAAAUCUUUCACAGUGAAGACAAACCUUAUCAGACACCAGAGGGUUCACACCGGAGAGAAACCACAUCAGUGUUCUGAAUGUGGCAAAGCUUUCACACAGAAGUCAGAUCUUGUAGUACACCAGAGGGUCCACACUGGAGAGAAGCCAUAUCAGUGUUCAGAAUGUGGCAAAGCUUUUACACAUAAAUCAGAUCUUGUAGCACACCAGAGGGUCCACACUGGAGAGAAGCCAUAUCAAUGUUCAGAUUGUAUCAAGGCUUUUACACGGAAGUCACGUCUUAUCAGUCACCAGAAGGUUCACACUGGAGAGAAGCUGUAUCAGUGA